AUGUCAACCUCAGCUGAGAUACCGAUAGAUCCAUCCUUACGAGAGUCAUCAUCCGCCACAAGUCCAACGAAACUAGCAGGAACGAAACGAAAGACGCGUGGCAGUGGACCUUCGACAACCUCAGCUGCCGGUCCAAGGGUGACAAGGCGUUCGACUGCUCAUAAUGAAGGGAAUAGCAUCCAGUCGGGAGAGCCUGCGAGAGGGGAAGAAGAGAAUUUGAAUGGGUAUUGGGGACCUGGUAAUCCUAAACGCGCUAAACGAUCAUCACCUACCAAACGAUCUAAACCUACUACCUCGUCAACUCCUUCGCGUAACCAGGUAGAGAAUGUAGCUGGUCCUUCUGGCACAGGGGAAGGUAGUGGGAGUCGGGGUGGACCAUCUAUAAGUGUGAUAGGAGAAUUAGCGGGUUUGGCUAAUCGGAAGUCUUCUUCAUCCGGUAUCUUCCCAUAUCUCCCACUCUAUCCCGUCGGUCUAACACCCUUCCGAUAUCCAUGUCUAACACCCUCAGAACCCAAUCCACCUCCCGAAGAUCCAAAUGAUCCAAAUUUCAAACCUUUUAAUCCUCACGAAUCAAAUACCAUGACCGGUACUACUGGUGCUAGUACUCUACCAAGUCAGAAUCAACUGAUAGAUCCACAAUUGGCGGGAUUAUCUGGAUCUACUCAUACGACUCCUCAGCAACAGAUACAACCAGUUCAACAAAGUCAGCAGCAGUCUCAAAUACAUCUCGAUACGAAUAAUAACGGCAAUAACAACAGCAAUACGAUGAUGGAUCAAAACACCGCGGCUAGUGCAGACGCAGCUUACGAAUCUAUAUCAGCUUUGUUAUCUGCUUCUCAAGGUGUUUAUCCGACUUUAGAUUCUAUCGAUUACCAUCAAAGUCGAGGACAGGGUCAGGGGCAAUCAUAG